AUGGUCUCGAGAAUUUUUCGAUCAAGAGCUUCAGGAGGUGGAAAGCCUCUUCACUGGACAUCAUGCCUAAAAAUAGCAGAGGACUUGGCUACAGGACUAGUUUACAUUCACCAGAACCCGGGCCUAACCCAUGGCAACCUCAAGUCGUCAAAUGUACUAUUGGGGUCCGACUUUGAGUCCUGCCUCACAGAUUACGGGCUAACCCCAUUCAGAAACCCAGAUUCAGUGGAGGAGUCCAGUGCUUCUUCCCUCUUCUAUAGAGCCCCUGAAUGCCGCAACAUUCGUAGGGCACCCACCCAACAAGCAGACGUAUACGGCUUCGGGGUUCUUCUACUGGAGCUGCUAACAGGGAAGACUCCAUUCCAGGACCUUGUUCAAGAACAUGGAUCAGACAUCCCACAGUGGGUUCGAUCAGUGAGAGAAGAAGAGACAGAGUCAGGGGACGACCCUACAGCUUCGAGCAAUGAGGCCUCUGAAGAGAAACUCGGGGCUCUUUUGAACAUUGCAAUGGCUUGUGUGUCACUUUCACCGGAGAACCGGCCAGCAAUGAGGGAGGUAUUGAGGAUGAUAAGGGAGGUCAGGACUGAAGCCCAGGUAUCUUCCAAUAGCAGCGAUCAUUCACCUGGGCGUGGUCGGAUACUGUGCAGAGCUUACCCCGGAAGAGCAUUUGAGCAUAUGAUCAUCAUCGCAGUAUUUAAUUAUUUGAGUGCUUCUUUACAA